AUGGUGCGCUCGAUGGGCAGUGUCGGCAGCCUCGUCGUCCUCCUCGCCACCUUUCUGCGGACGGCGUCGCGGCCGGGCCACGCGCCGGGGCGGCGCGGGCGCCGGCCGCUCGACGCGGUCGAGCACAACCGCACGUCGAAGCGGCGGAACGCGUCGGCCGCCAACGCCACGCGAGAAAAGUUCGUCUUCUUCGUCAACAUGUGGAACGCGACGCAGCCCUGCGGCGAGCCGGCGCCGGACAUGACGCUCAUCACGGGCACGGGCCGCGCGGGCACGUCGUUCCUCAUCGCGCUGCUCACGCGGCUCGGGCUGCCGACGGGCUACGGCGAGACGGACGUGCGCACCGCGGCCGCGCGGCGGAGCCACGCGGGCCUCGAGCGGAGCAUCCGCAUGUGCCGCGACGAGCGCAACCGGUCCGUCGCCGUCGACGCCGCGAACGGCUCCGUGCGGGUCGUCAAGAGCCCGUGGUACGCGGCCCCCGAGCUCCGGCCGCACUGGCUCACCGCGACGAACAUCCGGCGCGUCGUCGUGCCCCUGCGCGAGCUCAAGCAGGUCGCGCGGAGCCGCGAGCGCCACGCCCACGGCAACGGCGGCUUCUGGCGCGGCGCGGAGAACGCGGACGCGCAGCAGCGCAAGGACGCGGAGCUCCUCGCGGGCCUCUUCUACGACCUCGAGAUGGCGGACAAGGCCACGACGACGCUGGCCUUCCCGCGGUCCGCGCGCGACGAGGCCUACUGCCGCGCGAAGCUCGGCUGGCUCCUCGACGAGUACGGCGUCGACGCGCGCGCCUUCAACCGGUCCUACCGCGCGACGGCCAACCGGUCCAUGACGCGCGACCGCGACCGGGCGCCGCCGCCGGAGCCGACCUUCUGGUGGUCGGGCUACGACCACGCCAACUGGACCUGGCCCGCGUGGCAGGGCUGGAACGCGACGCCGGCCGCGCGGCCCGCGGCCGCCGCGCGCCCGGCCGGCCCGGGCGCCGGGCGCGCGCGCGAGCGGGACCGCGACGCGCGCCGCGAGCGCAAGAAGGCGAAGCGCCGCGGCAGUCGGACCUUCUUCCCGCUGUAA